AUGUCGGUUCAGACUGUUUCUAUUAAGCCCUUCACAGACCAGAAGCCGGGCACUUCGGGUCUCCGUAAGAAGGUGAAGGUCUUCCAGCAGGACCACUACUCCGAGUCCUUCAUCACCAGUAUUCUCCUGUCCAUCCCUGAGGGUGCUGAGGGUGCUUUCCUCGUUAUUGGAGGUGAUGGUCGCUAUUACAACACUGAGGUGAUCUCUAAGAUCGCCAAGAUUAGUGCUGCCUAUGGUGUCAAGAAGCUCCUAGUCGGUCAGAAUGGUAUCAUGAGUACCCCCGCUGCGAGUAACUUGAUCCGUGUGCGUGGUGCUACUGGUGGUAUUUUGCUCACUGCCAGUCACAACCCCGGUGGUCCCGAGAAUGACUUCGGUAUCAAGUACAACCUCGCUAACGGUGCUCCCGCCCCCGAGACCGUGACUGACAAGAUCUACGCCACCUCCAAAUCUCUCACCUCCUACAACUACGUCGAUGUCCCCGCUGUCGACACCACUACCAUCGGCACCAAGACCUACGGUCCCCUCGAGGUUGAGAUCGUCCACUCGACCACCGACUACUUGACCAUGAUGAAGGAGAUCUUCGACUUCGACCUGAUCAAGGAGUUCCUUACCUCUCACAAGGACUUCAAGGUUCUCUUCGAUGGUAUGCACGGUGUCACCGGUCCCUACGGCGAGGACAUCUUCGUCAAGGAGCUCGGUCUGCCCGCCAGCAGCAUCAUGAACUGCGUGCCCAAGGAGGACUUCGGCGGCGGUCACCCCGACCCCAACCUCGUGUACGCACACGAGCUUGUCGAGGCCGUUGACAAGAACGGCGUGCACCUGGGUGCCGCCAGUGAUGGUGAUGGUGACCGUAACAUGAUCUACGGUGCCAACACCUUCGUCUCACCCGGUGACAGCUUGGCAAUCAUUGCACACCACGCCAAGCUCAUCCCCUGGUUCCAGAAGCAGGGCGUCUACGGUCUUGCCCGCUCGAUGCCCACUUCUGGCGCCGUUGACCGCGUGGCCAAGGCCCAGGGUCUGGAGAGCUACGAGGUUCCCACCGGCUGGAAGUUCUUCUGCAACCUAUUUGACAACAAGAAGAUCUCCAUCUGCGGCGAAGAGAGCUUCGGCACUGGCAGCAACCACAUCCGUGAGAAGGAUGGUCUGUGGGCCAUCGUGGCCUGGCUGAACAUCAUUGCCGGUGUCUCCAAGCAGAAGCCCGAGGAGACUCCCAGCAUCGCCUCUAUCCAGAACGACUUCUGGCAGACCUACGGCCGCACCUUCUUCACUCGCUAUGACUACGAGAACGUCGACAGCGAAGGCGCAAACAAGGUUGUCGGCAUCCUCUCCGACCUGAUCGCCAGCGGCUCUUUCAUCGGCUCUUCCGUCUCCUCCCGCAAGGUCGUGGAUGCCGGUAACUUCUCCUACACCGACCUUGACGGCAGUGUGUCCAAGAACCAGGGUCUGUACGCCAAGUUCGACGAUGGCAGCCGCAUUGUCGUGCGUCUGUCCGGCACUGGCAGCAGCGGUGCUACCAUCCGCUUGUACGUUGAGCGCUACGAGGAUGACAAGUCCAAAUUCGGUCUCAAUGCUCAGGAGUACCUGAGCGAGAACAUUUCUCUGGCUCUGUCUCUGCUCAAGUUCAAGGAGUAUGUCGGCCGUGAGGAGCCCGAUGUCAAGACUUAA